UUAGGAGGAAAUGUAUGUGAAGUCUUAGGCAGGACCCACAUAUAGUGGACACUGUGCAGAUAAGAGCUCCCCUCUCCUGUCCCCUGGCCUGUGUGUCUGGCUCCUGCAUGGCAUCCCUGCCAGCAUUUUGAAGUAGAUGUCUCAUUGCCAGACGCUGUCAUGGAAACCAAGAGAUGGGGGAAAUAGGAGGGGCCAGAGUGGGGGUGGGAAGGGGAUGUCCUUCCCUUGCUCACCCUCUGGCUCACCUUAGCCAGCUCAUUGUAACAAAUGAUGGCUCAGAAGAACAAAGUGGAUAUGGGAGGACAAAGUGAUAGAGGAGACAAAGGCCAGCUGGGAUGAGCUACUACCUUUGACUGUACAAUUAGUAAAGAGUACUGAGCACAACCUGCAGGGCCAGGUGCAGCCAUAUCUCAGGCUCCCUGAGGCCCGGGCAGGCUGGAACAGGGAUGUGACUCAUGCUGAAAAUACUUGUCCAUCUACCAUUAUUUCUGCAUCUGUGAGAGGCAUUGCAGCCAUUUCCCUGUGAAACACUCCUUAUCCCAUCUCUAUCAAGUCAAAGCUGAUGAUCCUUCCAGCUGCUCCUCUGAAUCGAUGGCAAAGUGAGUUGUUCACUGUCUUGCAAACAAAAAGAGCUUGUUUGAGAUUACCUGGUCCCCGUCAUCCAGUGUCUUUCAGUACAAGAUCCUUUUUUGACACCGAGUUCUUCGGAGCUGAGUUGGAAACCUGACCUAUGGAUUAACGACCCUUCUGAAUCUCAGUGUUCUUGCCUGUUAAAAGGGUUGAUUGCAGGACCUGCCCCAUGGAUCCAGAGAAGGGGUGAGCCAUAGCUGGAGACUGCCCUUGUGCCGAUGACCCUUCCCAAUUCCUCCUAUGUCUUAGAAGACAAGAUGUGUGAGGGAAACAAGACCACCAUGGCCAGCCCCCAGUUAAUGCCCCUGGUUGUGGUCCUCAGCAGCAUCUCCCUGGUCACAGUGGCACUCAACCUGCUGGUGCUGUAUGCUGUACGGAGUGAGCGGAAGCUGCACACUGUGGGAAACCUGUACAUCGUGAGCCUCUCUGUGGCAGACCUGAUUGUGGGCGCCGUGGUUAUGCCCAUGAACAUCCUGUACCUCGUCAUGACUAAGUGGUCCCUGGGUCGCCCUCUCUGCCUCUUUUGGCUUUCCAUGGACUAUGUGGCUAGCACGGCAUCCAUUUUCAGUGUCUUCAUCUUAUGCAUUGAUCGGUACCGCUCUGUUCAGCAGCCCCUCAGGUACCUGAAGUAUCGCACCAAGACCCGAGCAUCGGCCACCAUCUUGGGAGCCUGGUUUCUUUCCUUUCUAUGGGUCAUUCCUAUCCUAGGUUGGCAUCACUUCAUGUCCAAUACCUCGAGGCACCGGGACGACAAGUGUGAGACAGACUUUUACGACGUCACCUGGUUCAAGAUCAUGACUGCCAUCAUCAACUUCUAUCUGCCCACAUUACUCAUGCUCUGGUUCUAUUUCAAGAUCUACAAGGCUGUGCGACGACACUGUCAGCACCGGGAGCUCAUCAAUGGAUCCCUUCCUACCUUCUCAGAAAUUAAACAGAAGCCAGAGAAUUCCAAGGCGGGCCCCAAAAAAUCAGAGAAGGAGUCUCCCUGGGAGGCUCUGAAAAGGGAGUCGAAAGAUGCCAGUGGUGGACCUAUUUUUAAGCCAUCAUCCCAGGAUACCAAGGAGAAGAAGUCUCCAGAUUCCUUGAGCCAAGAGGAGGAUGGAGAAGCAGCCAAACUCCCCUGCUUUCCACUUGACCUUGUGGAGACACAGACUUCGGCAAAGGGAGAUGGCAGGGGCUGUGAAGCCGUGGAUGAGAGCCAGAGCCAGCUCAAGACAGAGGGACAAAGCCUAAACACCCGUCGGGUCAGUGAAAUAUCAGUGGAUCACACGUUAGUUGAGAGCCAGUCCAUCGGCCGCAUGACAGACUCAGAUACCAGCACAGAACCAGCACUGGGCAGAGACAAAUUGAGAAGUGGGUCCAACCCAGGCCUGGACUACAUCAAGUUCACGUGGAAGAGGCUUCGCUCCCAUUCAAGACAGUACAUUUCUGGUUUGCACGUGAACCGGGAACGGAAAGCUGCCAAACAGUUGGGUUUCAUCAUGGCAGCCUUCAUCCUUUGCUGGAUUCCCUACUUCAUCUUCUUCAUGGUCAUUGCCUUCUGCAAGAGCUGCUGCAAUGAACACGUGCACAUGUUCACCAUCUGGCUGGGCUAUAUCAACUCCACUCUGAACCCCCUCAUCUAUCCCUUGUGCAAUGAGAAUUUCAAGAAGACAUUCAAGAAAAUUCUGCGUAUUCGCUCCUAAGGGAGGCACUGAAAGGUUUUGACAAAAUGAUACUUGAUGUCCAAGAAGGAGGUGGAGGAGGAAAGCCUGGCAUUGCCAUGCACCUAAGCUUUCUGGAAAGGAGUUGAAAGCACAGUCUUAGGGGCUGCAUUGUGUGGAAAAGUUCUCAGGUACUGUGGGAAGAACGGCAGGUGGUCGUGGUCAGUGCAAAGAUUGGAGUAGAGAGCAGAAUAUUUGUAAGAGAACAAGACCUGGGUGGAGCUGUCCUGCUCUCAUGGGGGAAAAGUGGGAGCCUCUGACUCUUACUGUAAUUUGAGUUUUCAGACUGGAAUUAAUUGGCAACUGAAGGGACACUGGAUAGAGAUCCACUGGAGAGUUGGGACUUUUGCUACAACAGAGCUAGAUAUCUGUGCAAAGACAUGCAAAUAGCUGUUGCCCCCUUUCAGAGGUCACCUGGAGAGGCAUGACAACGGUUCCCCUGUGGCUGCCACUUCUCAGAACACUUCUCUUCUGAGCCCCUUCUACAGUUUUCUCUAGAACCAAGGUCUGAUCCAUGCCGAAGAUUCUGCCUUACUCUUUAUCACUCAUGCAUGUCUUAGAGUUGAUAGGAAGUUAUGCAGCUUGCCUGUCCAUUGUUUUCAACCCAAGAUUCCUUUUGGCUCUUACAAACAUGGUGACAAAAAGCUGCCCUCAAAAGAAAGAGAAAGGAAAUGUUCUCAAGAGUGUAUUAAAAGCAAAACAAAAGAGUAGGAGAAGAAAGCCAUACUUCUUUAGGGAUGGACCAGGAUUACCUCAUGGAAGUCCCAUGAUACCACAAUAGAAGGGUGGCCUUAUAGGUUCCAGUUCUCAGAGGAGCAAAUGAGGUGAAAUGAGGUGCCCAAGACCACAUAGCUAGUUAUAUGACAAAGUUAGAAUGAAAAACCCUGGGGGGUUCCAGUUCAUUGUAACACAUUUUUUCCAAAAAAGCAAAAAUGCAUCCUGUUAAGUACACACACAGUAUUCCCAAGAGUGGUGACAGUUUCCAAAAUAAUAUGUUGAAAAGAAGAACAGCUGACAUGGAACACAUCUGUGGCUGCAGAUGACCCUUUGAAGGGACUGUGCAUUUUUUAUCUCUGUGAGUCCAAAAGUUAUCAUGUUCUUUUAUACUUACAUGUAUUAACUAAAAAUCAGCAAAGGUGUGAGAACAUACAGUGAGUUAUAUUUGAUGUUUAUGUUGCAGUCUGGUUGUGAUUUAUGUUUUAAAACUUAAUGUUAAAGUUUAAUAUGUGUAACAAAUAGGGAUGCCUGUGUCUUGUGUUCCUGUUUGCAUGAUCCAUUAAAAUGAAAUGUUUUUACCUACCUAAAUAUGAUGUUUGAAAGGAUACUGUUAUGUGACUGAUUUAUUUAUUUCUACCUUUCUAAGUUUGUUGAACUGAGAAAAUGUAUUGAAAUGCACUGUGGAAUGUUAUAAGACUUGCUAGGGGGUUUCUGGUCAACAUUUGUGAAUGUCUUUCAAAAAGGACUUAUAUUUUAUAAAAAGCUUCAUUCUCAUUCUACUUUGCAUCCUGGAAUAUUCUUCUUGCUCAGAUCGUGGGAGCUUCAGAGACUUUGAUCCUGGUUUCAGAAGUUGCAACAGGUCCACUUCCAGCUUAUAAAUCACUUUCCAGAAGACUCAUGAGAGAGACAGAUGAGAUUGCCACCCAAGGCCCUCUGGAGCAGAGAACACAUAAAAGGAACACUCCACAUAGAUAAGAGGCUACGUGCCCAUUAUUUAUGGUGAGGAACAAUCCAGACAGCUAGUCGAAAGACAUGCUGAGGAGCUUUGAUUUUGGGUCAAAGAGACCUGGAUUUCAGUCUGACAAGAACAAAAAAGGGUCAAUAAAUACAUAUGGGAAGAAUCAAGAGAAACAAUUUCCAUGCAUUAUUGUUUGCAGUGUCUCUGGUGCUUGCAUAGUGUUGGUAUACAGAGGACAUUCAUAUAAAUUUUAAAAACACAUUGAGCACAUGCCAGGUGCCAGACUUUGUGCUUUACUGUACCUUUUACAAUAUCCUCCUGAGUAAGAUUUCCUUGUUACAUCAAAGGGAAACCUAAGUCCUUUCUACUUCUGUCUGAACAUUGACUCAGUUUUUAAACUCAUGAAAGGAAUUGGACUAGGGCACAGAGAUAACUCAGUCCAAACCUAUUAGGAAAGAAUCAAUGGCUGAAGGAUUUGCACAUGAAACCAGACUUUCUGCCUUAAAUAUUAAAAUAAAUACCUCCUAGGAGAAAGUUGUUACAGAGAACAACUUUUGUUGAUUGUUACUGACAAUUUUGCAAAUUCAGAAACUCAUUUCUGAUUCUUUUCAUGGACUUCAGCAUGAUCAACUUCAAGACAAUUCUUUGACCAAUUAGUCAAAUUUAUACUUUACCAAACAUUGGCUACU